AUGGGUAACCAGGUGUUUGAUGUCGCCGACUUCCGGCGCAGAAAGCACAACUAUGAGACAAAGAAACUCAGAGACUCGGUGAACGCAACGGGACCGGAAAUCGGUGUGUAUCAAAGCUGGCCAGAAGCAGGUAGCGGGAACGUCAUCUACACCCUCCAUGAGGUCGGUUUCGUCGAAGGGGAUUCUCGCCACUUCGAAAGUGUCAACAAAAGAGCGCCAGUUAUAACCGACCUUCUCCGAGCCACUGAUACUAGACUUCGCGCGAUUUUGCAGAACCCGCAGCCCUAUUUUCAAUCUACACUGCGCGACGAUCGUGCACAUCACAUCGAAGCGGCACUCGUCGCGACACACCGUAUCUUCCAACAAGUAUGCGCGGCGCGCUAUUCGCCUAGUGAGGACAUUGGCCCGAAAAUGAGUUUGUUCCAGCUUGUGGUAGUAUCUCCCAGUGCCGACAUGACACAGAUUCACCGCUGCAGCGUGCACCGUAUGAACGAAUUGCUUCACGAGUACCGACGCUGGCGUAGGCCCGGCGGUGCGGGGGCGGGGAUCCAGCGUGAGCAAGGAGCUUCUGGUUCCGAUAGAACACUUGUGCUUGUGUGCAAGGGAAGGAAAGUUAUUUAUACAUCUGAGACGAGGAUCGGUAUGCAUGUCCCUAGCUCGUCCUCGACCGGCGGAUUUUACAAUUGGCUUUUUGGGACUUCGGACGUUCUGGAGAUUUCUCCCGGUGGUGUUAGUGAUGACGACCGGCUGUCGCCGCCGAGGAGACACUCACCAUUCUUGGAAAUAUUCCGUCCGGUCGAAAGCGAUGCUGAAGUUGCAGCAACGAAAAGCCAAAAGCUACGGGACUUCCACGAAACCAUUUUCUGCAAAGGGCGAAGUCUUCGGGAUCACAAAAAGUUUCGAGCCUACGCCAUGACAAUGACGUGGAACAAAUACGCGGAUUUCCUAGAACAAAGGAUCGACGUCGUAGCUCCGAGUUUGCGACAAACUUUCUUCAAGCACGAUUUCGACUCUAGCGUCCCGGGACUGCUGUGUGGCGUGCGUAACGCGAUUGAACAUCUGAUGGACACGCAAAAUGAAGCUGCGCGUCGAGAAAUCAACGAGUGGCUACAGGGCUACCGCGAUGGCAAAUUCGAGCAUGUGACGCGCUUCCGUUUCCGCGAUGAGCAAACUGCCAAGUACUCUUUCUUUUUUCAGCGGCUAAUGUGCGAAGACAGGGACCACCAAAUCUCCCUGCUCCACGACGCAGAGGAUCUCGAUGUGGACUACGACAAGAAGUUUUGUACCAGCAGCGCUUGUGCUGAACUUGGGCUCGACGAUUACGGUAGUUCAAAAUUGCAUCGCGCCGUUGGAGUGCCGAGGUUGGACGAAGCUUUACCGACGUGGAGAAAGCUCAGCAACUGGGACAAAUACGAAAAGGAGAGCCAGAUCGUGGAGUCUAUCAACGCCGCAAUGUGCCCGCAAAACGUAAACAAACUGCUUCGAGAAGGCUCGCAAUUGCUACAUGAAUGGCGUGACAAAUCCGGAUGGCGGGCAAGGAGGUGGGCGGAAUACUUUUGUAGCGAAUUAAUGCAAAUAGGACAGGAGGCAGACUGGGACUACGAGCGUGGAGAUUGGGCGGAUGAAAGGAAACAGGUCUAUCGUUUUCACGAAGUCUACGACGAUAUCGACUGGCGAUUCUGUCGAGCAUCCGCCGAAUGAUGUCACAAAAACAUCAGCCGCCGUUGUUUCCUACCACGACCUGGCAUUGCCGCGCAGUCCAAUCAAAGCUUGAAGCCGUGUUUUAUACAAGAAAAAUAUUUUACCCAUUCCCAUUCGCAACCAACUAUCCUUUAUUCACAGUGAUGCAAG